CGAGGUCUGGGUGGCCACUCCCGGGCCCAGCUCUGAGGAUCUGGAGCUGGGCAAGUCCUGGAGCUGUGGGCACAUGCAGCCGCCACCUGUGAUUGACAGCCCACAGUGACCGUUCACAGUUGUGGUUUACCCUUCCAUAUCCACCUGUUUUUCCCUUCACGUGGUUGGGAAAGAAGAAUGACCUCUUCUCACAUAAGAUCGUUUGAGAUUCAGACGUCAGCAUCCGCUAGUGCAGCUUUCCCUCCCGCGGUGCGCGGUGCAGCCUGCGCCCCUCCCCUCCACCCAACCCUGGCGGAGUAGGGGAGCCAGGAAGCAGGCUGUGGCUGGGACGAGCUGAAGAUCCGCCUGUGGGCCGAGGUUGCUGUCCUUCACGGGAAAGAAACACGCUCAGAAAAUUUGUCAAAUACCAGUGUGAAGAAGCAGAGCUAGACGUCUCUUCCACACCAGCAGCCAUCCCGUUAAGGAGACAGGUCUCCUUCCGUGGUUGUUUUUUUUUAACUGGCGAUCGAACCCAGUGGCUUAACCACUGAGCCACAUCCCCAGCUCUUUGUAUAUUUGAUUUUGAGACAGCAGUGAGGGAUGAACGUUUAUCCAGCACCUUCUGUGUACCUGCAUGCACAUGGUCCCAGCCGAUUCCUCCAGGAAGCUCCUCUCUCCAUUUCCAGCCGUGGACACCGGUGCUCAGCGCAGGCCCUGGGGACGCGCCCGGGCACUGAGCCUCCCCUGAGCCUCAUGCCCCUCAUGGGAGCCGAGGAGGAGCGGGUGGACAUCCUGGUCAACAACGCUGCCGUGAUGCGCUGCCCGCACUGGACCACUGAGGACGGCUUCGAGAUGCAGUUUGGCGUCAACUACCUGGGUCACUUUCUCCUGACGCACCUGCUGCUGGACAAGCUGAGAGCCUCGGCGCCCGCGCGCAUCAUCAACCUCUCGUCCCUGGCCCACGUGGCUGGGCACGUGGACCUGGAGGACCUGAACUGGCAGAGGAGGAAGUACAACACCAAGGCCGCCUACUGCCAGAGCAAGCUGGCCCUCCUGCUCUUCACCAAGGAGCUGAGCCGCCGGCUGCCAGGCACCGGCGUGACUGUGAAUGCUCUGCACCCCGGAGUGGCCAGGACGGAGCUGGGCAGACACACGGGCAUGCACAGGUCCACCUUCUCCAGCUUCACCUUGGGGCCCAUCUUCUGGCUGCUCGUCAAGAGCCCCCAGCUGGCAGCGCAGCCCAGCAUAUACCUGGCCGUGGCCGAGGAACUGGAGGGUGUUUCUGGAAAGUAUUUUGAUGGAUUCAAAGAGAAGGCACCAGCUCCUGAGGCCGAGGAUGAGGAGUUAGCCCGGAGGCUUUGGGCUGAAAGUGCCCGCUUGGUGGGUUUGGACUUGUCCCAUGGGUCCCCUGUAAGGGGACAGUCGCUGUCCAGGUAACCUCUGAAGCAGGUUUGAAAGCCACCUGGGUCUCUAGGAUGGAGCUUCAAGAUCCAGGAUGCUGCCAGCCUUGCCUUUAUCACUCUCUGGGGGACAGUGUUGGCACCACCUCAGCCUCAAGGACAAGGGCACAGGCUGCCACACCCCUGCCAUCCUCCAGGGGGCAGAACGGACUCAGCCUCAAAUCCAAGGGUGAGGGCUGCCAUACCCUCUCCAUCCUCCAGGGGGCAGAACGGACUCAGCCUCAAAUCCAAGGGUGAGGGCUGCCAUACCCUCUCCAUCCUCCAGGGGGCAGAACGGACUCAGCCUCAAAUCCAAGGGUGAGGGCUGCCAUACCCUCUCCAUCCUCCAGGGGGCAGAACGGACUCAGCCUCAAAUCCAAGGGUGAGGGCUGCCAUACCCUCUCCAUCCUCCAGGGGGCAGAACGGACUCAGCCUCAAAUCCAAGGGUGAGGGCUGCCAUACCCUCUCCAUCCUCCAGGGGGCAGAACGGACUCAGCCUCAAAUCCAAGGGUGAGGGCUGCCAUACCCUCUCCAUCCUCCAGGGGGCAGAACGGACUCAGCCUCAAAUCCAAGAGUGAGGGCUGCCAUACCCUCUCCAUCCUCCAGGGGGCAGAACGGACUCAGCCUCAAAUCCAAGGGUGAGGGCUGCCAUACCCUCUCCAUCCUCCAGGGGGCAGAACGGACUCAGCCUUGAGACUGAGGGCACGGGCUACCACACCCUCACCAUCCUCCAGGGGGCAGUACUGGCCCCAUAUGUGUGUCAGCUGCCCACAGAGGGUUGGGCUGCAGGUGGGCACCUGCUUCAGGGGCUUGCAGGUACUACUUACCCUGCUGCCAAUGGGUGAGCUGGGCCCUCAGGGGCCUGACUUGGGAAUCCACACCGGAAGGCAGAGGGAGGAGACAGCCCCUCUGGCUCUGGAGGCCGGUGGCGGGUGGUGCAGGCCUCAGGGUACUGUUGAGAGCAGGCUGUCCCCUCAGGCAUGGCUCCUGUGUGCUGGGCCUUGGCUCUACACCCCGGCCUCACGUGGGGCGUGCCGGACCCCGCAGAGUGCUGGGAUUCCGAGGAGGGUUGGAGGCCCCCCAGCCGGCUUGCCAGGUAAAUGGCCCAGGAGGCUGGGGUGAAAGGCGCCAGCUGCUGCAGAGGACCAGGGUUACCAGGACCGCCAGCCUCCCUCCAGUUCCCGCGGGGUGUGACCUCAGGCAUGCCGACACGCUCUUUUUAAAAUUAUGUGUAUAUUUUAGUUGUAGGUGGACACAGCACCUUUAUUUAAUUUUUAUGAGGAUGAAACCAGGGCCUCACUCGUGACAGGCGAACACUCUGCCACUGAGCCCCAGCCCAGCCCCAUCAAACUGCUCUUUCAUAAUAAAAGACCCAGAAACCCAGCAGAGUCCAGACCGAGUUCUGUGUGGGGAGGUGCCAACGAGCAGAGCAGGACCCCUCCUCCUCUCGGGAGCCAGGGCGUGGCACGAAUCUGGUCCACUGCAGACCUGUGAGCUGGGAGGACCCUUCCGCUGCUGAAGCCCGGUGUCUUUCCGGACCGAAGCGUUGGAAAUGGGCUGUGGAUCGGCACUUGCCGGGGCUCAGACGUGGCGGGGCUCCGAAAAGCUCGGAAUCAAGAUGCACAAAAAUGCUGUGGACGGUCGCGGAGGCCGCGGUGCCACUCAGUGUCCUACUACACAGAACAGGGUGGGCCGGGCUCAGAGGCAGCCCAGGGGGCGGCAGAGCUGAGGGGCGGUGCCGGGAUCCGCUGCUGGCCUGGGCGUUGUGGGCGUGGUUCGUUUUUCUGCUGCCAGUCAUGCCGAGAUGGCGGAGGUGUGCUCGGACGCGCUGACUCCUGCAAGCCCCCAGCGGUCCCCCUCCCUGCGUCUUGCCCUGGGCCGUGCUCUCCCUUGGAGCGGGUGGGAGGAGACUCGCGCCUGAGGAUGGCGCAGGGCCAGCAGCUGCAGAGGCAGGAGCGGAUUCAGCUCAGAGGCCCCUUACACCCUGACUCUGGCCCCGUGAGAGAACGAAUUCCUGUUGCCAGAGCCUCUGGGGCUGCGAAGUCUGUUGGGGCAGCUAGAGGGCGGCUGUGAUCACCGUGCGGCUGCCAGGCCAAGCCAGGCCCCGUGCUGCUCCUGUCCAGCAUGGGAGAGAAGCACUGCCCGGGUAGAACUAGUCUGGGUCAUCGCGGCUCCUUGUGCUCAUCUUAGAACCUCAAGAAUUCCCCAGCGAGCGCCAAGAGGCCAUGGACACAGUGCAGGCUUCCUGCAUGGUGGACAUGCAGGACGUGCGUGGCUGUCCUGUGCAUGGUAGGAUGGUCAGCAGCACCCGCUGUCCACAUCCUGGAUCCCAGGGACCGUCCCCUCCCAGGCGUGACAACCAAAACUGUCCCCAGGCAGUGCCAGUGUCCCCUGGGGGGGGGGUUACCUUCAGUUGGGCACCACUAUACACAGGGUUUUGUGUCUUGUUUCUGGGGCUGCUAAGCAGAUGCCCUGGCGCUGAGGACUAGCAUGUGGUGGCAGCGCCUACCCACUGUGGCCAGUGGGGAAGAGGGAGAGGAGUGAGAGGGAGAGGGGAGGUGGCGGUGG